AAACAAAAAAAAAAAACGACGUAUCGCUGUUUUAUCGGGGGCCGGCCCCUCCAAUCAGCUGUCCUGCUCGCGCUGUCGUACGAUCCUCUCGCGUGUUCUGCACCCCUUGUGGAGCUUGUUUUCAUCGCUCUCAGCCUCCGGUCCACACCGACGUGAUCGUCCCCGAUGCGGCCGAGGAGCGGUUCCGCCGGAGCGCCGCCGCGCCGCGCGUCGUGGUGGUUUCGCAUUUUUACGCAGCGGUCCCUCCUCUGCGUCCUCUGAAUCAAACGUGAAGAAGCUCUCCGACGCUUCGGAUAGGAAUGUGUUUGAGGCAAAUACCGCAGCCGACAGGAUUUGGAUUUGGACCAGCCCCGGAGGCCAGCAUGCGCGGAUCGGAGGUCGUUUUUUAUAAAGCUCGACAAUCAGAUUUCGUACAUUUGUUUUGCAUCUAAAGCGCAUCAAAAGACUCAGCCAUGGCUGACGAGAGCAGCCUGUCUCAGCAGAUUGGGAGUGUGGAGAGAAGCGUGGUGUUCCUCCGCCAGGAGCACCUCACUUUACUCCACGGCCUCCACCUGGAGAUCCUCUCCCUGCAGAAACGGUGCUCAGAGUUGACAAGUGAUCUAAAGGUGAAGCCUCCAGGGAGAAGCCAAAUAGAGUUACAGGAGGAAGAGGAGCUCCUGGAGGACCGCUGUUGGGACGCGGAGGGCCGUCUGGCCGAGCAGGAGUGCUCCAUCGGAGAGCUCCGCCUGGAGCUGUCCCACAAAGGCGCUUUGGUUGGAGCCCUCCGAGCCAACCUCAAGGAGAAGGAGCGCCACUUCCUGGAGGAGCUCAAACGCCGCAGCCACUGCUCCACCAUCCUCAACACGGAGCUGCAGAAACAAACGGAGGCCGCGGCGUACCUCUCCUUCCAGCUGCACGCUGCCAGGCAGAAGCUGCACCACCAGCGCAUGCAGCAGAGGCAGGGGCUCCUCGCCCGGGCCCACGGUCAGGCGGGGGCUCACUACGGCGCCGAGCAGAACUCCGUUCCUCCACAGGUGCCGUCGGGAGGCGCCCCUUCCUCUCCUGCGGUCAGACCCAAGCGCAAGGGUUCCCGGGCGUCCUCGAGAGCAGAGCGGUCCCGCGAGUGCGUCCCCUUGGAGAAGGUGACGGGCCCCGCGGAGCCCGCGGCGAUGCCGGACCCCGCUCUCUUCCUCCACCCUCGAAGGCACCGGGCUCGCUCCAGGCACACUGCGGCACAGAGACAGCCUCCGUUGGGCCCGGAGAAAGGCGAUGAGGAGGAGGAGGAGGAGGAAGAGGAGGAAGGUGGAGAGGGGCCGGCGCAGCCUCUGGGUGCACGGGCCACACUGAUGUCUUCAGCAGUCGUGGCCCCUGCUGCUGAGACGAAGGCCGAUUAGCGACCACUGUGAGCUGCACUUUUAACGGCGUGAUCGCUGAGUCCGUUCAGUUACAUUCUAUUAUACUUAGUGCUGACACUUUUUUUAUUAUGGACUUUGAUAUAACCUGAAAUAACUAUCAGAACGUGGUGUCACUUUAAGCCAGUCUUAAAUGUUUUAUUUAUAAGAUAAGAAAGCCUUUGGUGUCGACCUGCUCAACACAAAAAGGAUUCCUGAGAUAACUUCUGUUAUCGUUUGUAUAAAUUAAAUUGAAAUUGGAAAUAGAGACAUGACUGGGAAUGGCAGCCGCCCCUUUAUGUGUCGUGUGACCCAAUCACCUGCCAGCGUUCAAAGCCAACCAUAAACCAACCAAUUGCGGCGUAGUGUAAAUUUCCAUGUUGGUUUCUCUGAACUUUAACCUCAACUGGUUAUCUGAUUCUAACACAAGACCUGCUAAAAGUUUAUCAUUUCUGACUGAAACCAUAUUUAUUAUCAAAUAUAGGAGCAAUAUUUGUUAAUUGGAAAUGAAGGUGGCUGUUGAAGUUUGGAUUUUUUAUCACUUAUUGUGUUGCUCUAGAGAUAUGUUGGGCUACAAGUCAUAUUCCAAAGACUUAACAUACCUCUUUUAAUAAGAAUCCUCACAAUCAUGUUUUUUAUUGAAAAUGAUAAAUAUUGGUCAAAAGUUAUCACUCCCUCUAAUAUUUCAAAACAUAUUGCAUUUGCAAGUUGCAGUAAUUGCAAUCAGAUAUUGUUCUUGAAAAUAAAACAGCCCCGUCUCUUA